AGAUCAGCUCCGGUAGCGCUAGUGGCUAAAAGGGUGACACGUCUUGCUGCACAUCAAAAGAAGAUGACAUCUCACACGGGGCGGAGCAAAUAGAUAUCUUCAUCAUAAUCUGAACGCCGAACUAUUGGUAAAUAUAGAACUUGAACUACAUCAUGAAGCUGCCCUCAGCCAUGCCCGCUGUCAGCGGCGGCGUCGUCCUUGCGCGGGCGGCCAGCACCGCGACAGCACCACUCACGAGCGCGACCAAUGGAUCAUCGCUAGUCUCCGUCCGCGACGUCGUUAGCGUGUCGGCCUUUGGAAAACCAGAGGUUCUCCGCGUCGUAAAGGACCAGCUGUUGUUUCAAUCCGAAAAUACUCGCCUCGACCCGGACCAAGUCCUAAUCCAAGUUCGAGCCUUCGGUAUCAAUCCUUCGGAGACGUACCAGCGGGCCGGGGCGUACGCAAAUUUACCAAAGCUCCCCUAUACCCCGGGUCGCGAUUGCGCGGGUACGGUGGUGGAGAUCGGAACCGAAAGUGCACUAGCUUCCAAAAACGAGCACGAACAAACACAACAACAAGCUGCUUCCUGGCUGUACCCCGGCGCGCGCGUGUUCACAACGAAUUCUGAAAACGGGUGCUACGCUUCCCACUGCAUCGCGAAUCGAAAAGACGUGUUUCCGCUUCCCGAGAGGUUAACUUUCGAACAAGGCGCGGGUUUUGGUGUGCCCUACUACGCCGCCUGGCGUGCUUUGGUGGAGAAAGGCGGCGCACAAAAUAUUAAGCCCGGAACAAGCAGAAUAUAUGGUAAAGCCUCGUCUUUGCUCGUCAACGGUGCGAGUGGCGGUGUAGGUUUGCUGGUCUUGCAGAUGGCGAGAAAACUCGAUCUCGGCCCGGUGUUGGCCUUCACUGCCGGGUCGGAACGGGGCCGGGAAUUGCUGCGGACACAGGUGAGGAAACUCUGGGGGGCGGAGGCACUGAGUACUGGAGCAGACGCCGAAUCGACGCAAGCUGCGCAGCAAGGAACAUCUACAGAGGAAUCGAAAAGCACCACAGGCACUGCGCCGCACAUUUUCGUGACCGAUCACACCCGCGCAGACCUUCCGGUAGAUACUAAGUUUGACUUGAUCCUCGAAAUGCAAGCGCAGGCCAACCUCGGCUCGGAUCUCCGCCUCCUCGCGAAACACGGGAAGGUCGUCGUAGUCGGGAACAAGGGGCACUCGGAGGGCUCUGUUGACGCACGUCUUCUGAUGCAGUCGGAGGGAUCCGUCACCGGGUUUGUCGGCAUCGCGGACCCAGGCGUCCGGAAACAAGCGGAUGAGGAGCUGCGGACCGUUUGGAUCGACCACCUGCAACCCGUUGUAGACCCCGAUAAAACUUUCCGCGGUCUGGCGGCCACCGAAGCUGCGCACACGGAGAUCGAGCAAAGACCAGCCGGGACCGCGGGACGAGUGGUGGUUUCCUUGCCAGCGGAGGUGUACGGAGAAGGCCAGGAGGCAGCUGCUCAGCGGGGCGGGCCAGAGGAGCUGUGACAAGGUCGAACUCCAAUAAAAAGAGCACUGACGCAGCUGCCAAUGCCUAUGUAUAGGUUGUAUAACACGACUGAAGAUGGGAUGGUGGAGACGAAUUAUUAUAUCGGAGAAUGUUACCGAAGCUUGUAUCUACUGUAACCGCCUAUCAUGCAUUUUCCGCAUCAGCUUGGCGUUUUCGGUAAAAAAUCAGUAAUAUACAAGUCUCGGUGAAUAGAUUCUCGUGCGUCAAUCUCAAUGUCGAAG